AUGGCUGCCGACGUGGGCAGCGGCUGGCCCAUGAGAAGGGCCCUGGAGGAGGGCCCACUAGAAGAAGGGACGUUUCCGUCUUCUGAGGAGAGUGUCGCGUGGCUCAAAGAAGGCCUCAGCGGGCUGCAGCAGACGCCUCCGGACGGAAGGCUGGGGAACGUGUCUCUGUCGCUGGCGGGGAGGGGCCUUGGGCGCCUGGUGCUGCUGUGCGACUUCACCAAACUGCUGGUUCUCGACGUCUCUCACAACAAACUCAGAAGCCUUUACCCCAUUCGCCUGGCUGCCAACCUGGUCCGUCUCCAUGCUCACAAGAACCAAAUUCAAUCCGCCAACGAACUCUCAGCAAACCCCAAGCUGGAGCACGUCGAUCUCAGCAACAACCACAUUGCCGCUCUAGGAGACUGGCAGUUCAACGUCCGUCUGCGUGUGCUGUGUCUCGCCGGCAACCGUAUAGCCUCCUUAAGAGGAGGCAGCUUGGAGAAGAACAGCUUGUUGAGGGAGUUGGACAUAAGUAACAAUGCAGUUGACUCACUCGAGCCUCUCCCCCACCUCAAGUGUCUAGACACUCUAAACGUCAGCAACAAUCAAUUAAGAAGCCUCGAAGGCAUUCAACGAGCCCCCCAUUUGGUGGUCCUUCAUGCUGAGGGCAACAAGUUGCAAUCGCUCGAGCCCCUGGGCCUCGGCAGGAAUGGCCUGUUGCGCGAGCUGUACAUACAGCAGAACAGUAGUCUGGAGCAACCGCUGCAGCUGUCAGCGCUGAAGUCAACCGAGGCCCUCCAGAGCCUGCAAGUGUCUCCAGGGCCGAUUGUCUUCUUCCCUCACUGGCGGCUGCACUGCGUCCACAUGCUACCGCAGCUGCUGCAGAUCGACGGGGUCCCUAUUACCGCAGAAGAGCAGUUCACUGCCGCUGAGGCCUUCGGGGACCUGCUCUACGCACAUCAAAGAGUGUGGGAGGCUCUGAUACCAGACGAGCCUUUUGUUGAUCGCCGGCUCCUGAAGCUGCAUGACUCAACUGCAACAGAUGCCACAAACACUGCGGGAUCUCCACAGACGUGA